GCAGACUCCUCUAGUCAGUGUAAACCCUUUCCCCUCUCCGGCCGGAGUCGGACAACCGCAUCGCUCGCCGUCGACGAGCGCCACGCGGCGGCGGAGAUGGACGGGGGGCACGGGCUGAGGCAGCCGAUGUCUCCGGCGAUCUCGGCCUCGGCGGUGGUGCCGCAGCAGCGGCAGAUGCAGCUUCACCACCACCCGGCGCGGCCGGCAAUCGCCGAUCUCUUCACCCUAUACCUCGGCAUAAACUCGAAGCAGCGACCGGAGGAUCCAUCGAGAGAGAGCUCGAACAAGCUGCAGAAGAGAGUGACUGCUCUGAACAGAGAUCUGCCUCCCCGUGAUGAGCAGUUCAUUUCAGAUUAUGAGCAGCUGCGCAUGCAGUUCCCUGACCAGGAACAGUUGCAAGCGGUCACAGAAUCAGUUCUGAUCUCCUUUGUGCUGCAGUGCAGUAGCCAUGCACCACAAUCUGAGUUUUUGCUCUUUGCUACACGGUGCUUAUGUGCUCGAGGCCACCUUAGGUGGGACAGCCUCCUUCCAUCUCUGCUUAAUGCUGUUUCCUCCAUAGAGGCGCCUGUGGGGCAAGGAGUUCCUGUGACCAGUGGUGGUCCUGUAACGCCUUCUUCAUCAGCUAUUACAAUGCCAAAUGCUCCAAACUUUCAUCCUUCAAACCCAGCUUCACCUUUGUCAGUAAUGAACACCAUAGGAUCCCCUACUCAAUCUGGUAUUGACCAACCAGUAGGUGCAAAUGUGUCACCAAUUAAGGCAGCUGAAUUCUCCAGCUCAGCUCAGCUUGGUACAGCAGCAAGAGGUGACCAGUCUCGCAGGGGAGCAGAAAUUAGCUAUCUGCAUCAUCUGUCCUGUAGGAUACUUUUGGCAGGGCUGGAGUCCAAUUUGAAGCCAGCUACCCAUGCCGUGAUUUUCCAGCAUAUGGUAAAUUGGCUGGUUAACUGGGACCAGAGGCCACACAACAUGGAUGAAGCUGAUGCAAUGCAAACUUGGAGGCUGGAAAAACCUUUACAUGAAUGGAUGCAUCUAUGCUUGGAUGUUAUAUGGAUUUUAGUUAAUGAAGAGAAAUGCCGGAUUCCUUUCUAUGAGCUUGUUCGCUGCAACUUGCAGUUUCUCGAAAACAUUCCUGAUGAUGAAGCAUUAGUCAGUAUAAUCAUGGAGAUCCACAGGAGGAGGGACAUGGUUUGCAUGCACAUGCAAAUGUUGGAUCAACACCUUCAUUGUCCAACGUUUGCAACUCAUCGUUUCUUAUCACAAUCCUACCCAAGCAUAGCUGGUGAAUCUGUUACUAAUCUGCGUUAUUCUCCCAUUACAUACCCUAGUGUAUUGGGAGAGCCACUACAUGGAGAGGAUCUUGCAAACUCCAUUCCUAAGGGUGGUUUAGACUGGGAACGAGCUCUUCGCUGCUUAAGGCAUGCUCUCCGCACAACCCCAUCACCAGACUGGUGGAGACGUGUUCUUCUCGUUGCCCCUUGUUACAGAUCACAGUCUCAACAAUCAUCAACUCCUGGAGCUGUUUUCUCACCUGAUAUGAUUGGUGAGGCAGUUGCUGACAGGACAAUCGAACUCUUGAGGCUUACUAACUCAGAGACUCAGUGCUGGCAAGAUUGGCUUUUGUUUGCCGACAUAUUUUUCUUCCUAAUGAAAAGUGGAUGCAUUGACUUCCUUGAUUUUGUGGAUAAGCUUGCUUCUCGAGUAACAAAUAGUAACCAACAGGUUCUACGGAGUAAUCAUGUCACUUGGUUGCUUGCACAGAUUAUCCGCAUUGAGAUUGUAAUGAAUACUCUUAGUUCAGACCCAAGAAAGGUUGAAACCACAAGAAAGAUAAUUUCAUUCCAUAAAGAAGACAAGACCCUUGAUGCCAAUAAUAUUGGCCCUCAAAGUAUUCUUCUUGAUUUCAUUAGUAGCAGUCAGACUCUGCGCAUUUGGUCUUUCAAUACUUCGAUCAGAGAGCAUUUGAACAGUGAUCAGCUUCAGAAAGGAAAACAAAUAGAUGAGUGGUGGAAACAGAUGACAAAAGCUUCUGGUGAGAGAAUGAUAGACUUUACGAACUUGGAUGAACGGGCAACGGGGAUGUUCUGGGUUCUCUCCUUCACUAUGGCGCAACCAGCUUGUGAAGCAAUAAUGAACUGGUUUACGUCAGCUGGAAUGGCAGAUUUAAUUCAGGGGCCUAAUAUGCAGCCAAAUGAAAGAAUAAUGAUGAUGCGUGAAACUUACCCUCUGUCAAUGUCAUUGCUUUCUGGGUUGUCUAUUAAUCUUUGUCUGAAGCUUGCUUUCCAGCUUGAAGAGACUAUAUUUCUUGGCCAGGCUGUACCUAGCAUUGCUAUGGUGGAAACCUAUGUGAGAUUACUGCUAAUAACGCCUCAUUCAUUGUUCCGUCCCCAUUUUACAACAUUAACCCAAAGAUCUCCAUCUAUUCUGAGCAAAUCUGGCGUCUCUUUGCUCCUACUUGAGAUACUAAAUUACAGACUACUUCCUCUAUAUAGGUAUCAUGGAAAAAGCAAGGCAUUGAUGUAUGAUGUCACAAAGAUAAUAUCAAUGAUUAAGGGUAAACGUGGAGAGCAUCGUCUUUUUAGAUUAGCUGAAAAUUUGUGCAUGAAUCUGAUCCUCUCGCUGAAAGACUUCUUUUUUGUGAAAAAAGAACUAAAGGGGCCAACUGAGUUUACUGAAACUCUUAACCGCAUAACGAUAAUAAGUCUCGCUAUCACCAUCAAGACACGUGGCAUUGCUGAGGUUGAACACAUGAUUUAUCUUCAACCAUUGCUAGAGCAAAUUAUGGCAACCAGUCAGCAUACCUGGUCGGAAAAGACGUUACGUUAUUUCCCUCCUCUUAUUCGCGACUUUUUAAUGGGGAGAAUGGAUAAGAGGGGCCAAGCUAUCCAAGCAUGGCAGCAGGCAGAAACAACUGUUAUUAACCAAUGCAAUCAGCUGCUCUCACCAUCUGCUGAGCCAAACUAUGUCAUGACUUAUUUGAGCCACAGUUUCCCUCAGCACCGUCAAUAUCUUUGCGCUGGUGCUUGGAUGCUGAUGAAUGGACAUCUUGAAAUCAACAGUGCAAAUCUUGCUCGUGUUUUAAGAGAGUUUUCACCUGAGGAAGUUACAGCAAAUAUCUAUACGAUGGUUGACGUUCUUCUGCAUCAUAUCCAAUUUGAGGUGCAAAGAGGCCAUCUAGCACAGGACUUACUAUCCAAAGCAAUCACAAAUCUUUCUUUCAUGCAGGACUUACUAUCUAAAGCAAUCACAAAUCUUUCUUUCUUUAUAUGGACACAUGAGCUUCUUCCACUGGAUAUUUUACUGCUAGCUCUUAUUGACAGGGAUGAUGAUCCUUAUGCUUUACGCCUUGUGAUAAGUCUUCUUGAAAAGCCAGAGCUUCAGCAAAGAGUCAAGGCAUUCUGCAGUUCUCGUUCUCCAGAGCAUUGGCUCAAAAAUCAACAUCCUAAAAGAGUUGAGCUCCAGAAAGCGCUUGGUAACCAUCUAUCAUGGAAGGACCGUUAUCCCCCCUUCUUCGAUGACAUUGCUGCACGCUUGCUUCCUGUUAUCCCGCUGAUUAUUUAUAGGCUUAUUGAGAAUGAUGCCACAGACAUUGCAGACAGAGUUCUUGCAUUUUAUUCUUCCUUGCUUGCCUUCCACCCGCUAAGGUUUACGUUCGUACGUGAUAUUCUUGCAUAUUUCUAUGGUCAUCUUCCAAUCAAACUGAUUGGUAGGAUCCUCAACUUGCUGGGUGUUAGCACUAAGACUCCCUUCUCAGAAUCUUUUGCUAAAUAUUUGGUGUCCUCUAAUUCAUCAGUUUGUCCACCACCGGAAUACUUUGCCAACCUUUUGCUAAACCUGGUCAAUAAUGUCAUACCUCCUUUGAGUAGCAAAUCCAAAUCAAACCCAGCUGACACAACACGCUCAACUUUCAACAAGCAUCAUGCGUCUUCACAACCUGGUGGAAUCGGCAAUAACGAUGGUCAGAGGGCAUUUUAUCAGAAUCAAGAUCCUGGCUCGUAUACGCAGCUUGUUUUGGAAACAGCAGCUAUUGAGAUUCUCUCACUUCCUGUAUCUGCUGCUCAAAUAGUGUCCUCUUUGGUUCAAAUAAUAGCUCAUGUACAAGCAAUGCUUAUACAGUCAAAUAGUGGCCAAGGAAUGUCAGGUGGUUUGGGGCAAAGUUCUGGGCUGCCAACUUCUCCUUCAGGCGGAGGUGCUGAACCUGCAGGUUCCAACCAAACAAACAGUGCUGCAAGUGGGAUCAAUGCCACUAACUUUGUUUCUAGGAGUGGCUACUCUUCCCAACAAUUGUCUGUUUUCAUGAUUCAAGCAUGUGGUCUUUUGCUGGCACAACUCCCACCAGAAUUCCACAUGCAACUAUACUCAGAAGCAGCUCGUGUCAUAAAAGAUUGCUGGUGGCUAGCUGAUAGUUCAAGGCCUGUUAAAGAGCUUGACUCUGCUGUUGGCUAUGCACUGCUGGAUCCUACAUGGGCUUCUCAAGACAACACAUCUACAGCCAUAGGUAACAUUGUCGCCCUUCUGCACUCAUUUUUUAGCAAUCUUCCACAAGAAUGGCUGGAAUCUACCCAUACUGUCAUAAAACACCUUCGGCCAGUCAAUUCAGUUGCCAUGUUAAGAAUCGCCUUCCGCAUAUUGGGUCCCUUGUUACCUCGUCUAGCCUUUGCCCGACCUUUGUUCAUGAAGACCUUGGCAUUACUGUUCAAUGUUUUGGGUGAUGUAUUUGGUAAGAACUCUCAGGUCUCAAAUCCUGUGGAUGCUUCAGAAAUUACAGACAUAAUUGACUUCUUGCAUCAUGCUGUGAUGUAUGAAGGCCAAGGGGGUCCCGUUCAGAGCACUAGCAAACCUAAGCUGGAGAUACUAACAUUAUGUGGGAAAGUUAUAGAAAUUUUGAGGCCAGACGUGCAACAUCUCCUCUCACACCUGAAAACUGAUCCCAACUGCUCAAUAUAUGCAGCGACUCAUCCAAAGCUCGUUCAAAACACAUCCUAAAGUUACAACUUACAAGUGCAUAUGGAUGAUGCAAGAUCCUUUGAACCGCUGCAGAAGUCGGAACGUGUGAUGCUGUAGGAUCAGAAGAAUUGCAGUAGCUGUAACGCGUAUCCUUAUCUAACCUGAAUGGAUGAUGCAAGAUCCUUUGAACCGCUGCAGAAGUCAGGAACAUGUGAUGCUGUAGGAUCAGAAGAAUUGCAGUAGCUGUAACUUGUAUCCUCAUCUAACUGGAAUCUAGAUAUUGCUGUAAUGAUCAGGAACAGAUUCUUCAGUGCGCCGUCGAUGUCAGUUGUAUCCUCUAGCUAGCAAUGUUGUAAAUAACUGCUUAAGUGGCAUGUCAGGACAUGCAUAACUUCAGCAUAAACAAGGAGUUAACCGUGCUAGGCAAAUCAUGUUGGUUGUCUUGCCUC